AUGUUUGGCUACAGUCCUGCCGGUGCAUUCCCUCGACGCUCUUAUGAAGAAAGGCUAGCACCACCGUCAGCUGCUCAAGGUACCUCUCGUCCGAGUUAUACAGCAGGCGCACGACUUGAUCAAUCACGAUCGGUAGGCCGAGCAGCUUCAAAUCAGAUGGCGACUGGAUUAGACGCACUGAAUCUCAGCCAGAAGGAUCCAGAAGUGCUUAGUGCUGCUUGGAAUGCCUUUUUGCAAACGCUGAACAACGGUCCUGCUGCCCAGCACAUAGCCACGCAGGACAUGCCAGCAGUGGUAAUCAUGGGUGGAGUUUAA